UUUUCUCAGCAGUGAAGUCAGUCAGUGUUCAGUGGAUCUUUGGUCAUGUCUGGACUACAGGGUGUUCGACUGUUACUGAUGUGGGGCUGUGCCUGCCUCUGGCUGCCCAGCCUGGCCCACGGGGCUCUGGUCAUCUCCAGGGACCAUGAAGCUCCACAGGAGGCAGGAGGAGCUGCCAGAUCACUGCAGAAAAGAAGCACAGCCGAGGCCACGGUGGAGGUGUACAGCGUGACAGUGGACUGCACAGUGACGUCUCGUUUCGCCCACACCGUCAUGACCUCUAAGGCUCUGAACAAAGCAAACUCUUCCCAGGAAAUCUUCUUCGAAGUGGAGCUGCCCAAGACCGCCUUCAUCACCAACUUCAGCAUGGAAAUUGAAGGUCAGGUGUACGUUGGGGAGGUGAAGGAGAAAGAGAAAGCUAAGAAACAGUAUGAGAAGGCCGUUUCCUCUGGACAAACUGCUGGACUGGUCAAGGCCUCUGGGAGAAAGAUGGAGAAGUUUUCAGUGUCUGUCAACAUCGCAGCCAAAAGUAAUGUGACUUUCGUUCUGACCUACGAGGAGCUCCUUCAGAGGAAACUGGGCCAGUAUGAGAUUUUAACCCGAGUUAAACCCAAAUCACUGGUCAAUGAGUUUCAGAUUGUGACAAACAUCUAUGAGCCACAGGGCAUUGCUUAUGUUGACGCCUAUGCAACCUUCCUCUCCAAUGACCUGCUCCCUCUGGUGGAGAAAACUGUCUCAGACAAAAAGGCACACAUCUCUUUCUCACCAACAAUGGAACAGCAGAGGAAGUGUCCAGGUUGCGAUGGCACACUCAUUGAUGGAGAUUUUGUCAUCAAGUACGACGUAAACCGAGCAAAGAACCUCGGGGACAUUCAGAUUGUGAAUGGAUACUUUGUGCACUUCUUUGCUCCCCCUGAUCUGCCCAGAGUCCCAAAGAAUGUGGUGUUUGUGAUCGACGUGAGUGGCUCGAUGAGUGGAAAAAAGAUUGCACAGACACGAGAGGCGUUGCUGACCAUCCUGCAAGACCUCCACGAGGAGGACCACUUUGCUCUUAUCAAGUUUGAUCACACGAUCCGUGAAUGGAGGAACUCACUUAGCAAAGCAACCAAGGAGAAUGUGGCUGAAGCCAUGGUCUAUGUGAGACGGAUAGUGGACGAAGGAGGAACCAAUAUCAAUGACGCAGUGUUAAGAGGGGUGAAAAUGCUGGUCAAAGACAGGCAGGAGAAGAAGCUCCCUGAGAGGAGCAUUGAUAUGGUUAUUUUACUGACUGAUGGAAUGCCAAAUUCUGGAAUUUCUCACCUCCCAACAAUCCAGCAGAAUGUGCGUUCUGCAAUGGGAGGAAACAUGUCUAUGUUCUGCCUCGGAUUUGGAAAUGAUGUGGAUUAUUCCUUUCUGGAUGUGAUGAGCAAACAGAACAAGGGACUGGCCCGCAGAAUAUAUGAAGCUUCAGAUGCAGCACUUCAACUCCAGGGUUUCUAUGAGGAAGUUUCCAGCCCUCUGCUCUUGGAGGUGGACUUGCAUUAUCCUGACAAUGCAGUGGACUUCUUGACCACCAACCACUUCGACAUGCUGUUUAAUGGCUCAGAGAUUGUGGUGGCUGGUCGUCUGACAGACAACAGCCUGGACAACUUCCUGGUGGAGGUGUUCGGCCAGGGGUUUGAGGAGGACUUCAAAGUACAGGGCCAGGCCAUUGCUGUGAACUGGGAUGCCAUGUACCCAGAAGAGGAAUACAUCUUUGGGGAUUUCACAGAGCGUCUGUGGGCCUAUCUCACCAUCCAACAGCUCCUGGAGAAGAGCAAGACUGGUUCCCCAGACGAGAAAGCCAAUGCCACAGCCAAGGCGCUGGACAUGUCUCUGCAAUACAGCUUCGUCACCCCUCUCACCUCCAUGGUGGUCACAAAGCCUGAAACCGAGGAUGGGACAGACAGUCCUCUCAUUGCUGACAAGCUGACUGAGGAGCAAAGACAACAGGAAGAAAGAGCAAAUAGGUUUUCAAGCCCUGCAUUGUACACACAUUCUUACUCUGCAGCACCCACAUAUUUUGUGGAUGGAGAUCCUCAUUUCAUGAUAGAGCUGCCGGACAGAGACGAUGCUCUGUGCUUCAACAUCAACGACAAGCCAGGAACCAUUUUCACUCUGGUCAGAGACCCAGACUCAGGUAUUUUGGUCAAUGGCCAGAUAAUUGGAGACAAGAAAAUUCCUCCUGAUGGUAAAAUCAACACCUACUUCUGGCGGUUUGGCAUCGUCCACCGGACUCUGGGGGUUAGGUUGGAGGUGAGCACUCAGGACAUCUCAGUGUUCCAGGACGGCAAACGGGUCAGACUGCUGUGGUCUGAUACAGCCUCUCUUAAAGGACCCAAUGUGGAUCUUCUUGUGACCAAGGGUCGCAGCCUAACAGUAACUCUAAAAGAUUCAGUCAAGUUUGUGAUCCUGCUACAUAAAGUGUGGGAGAAGCAUCCGUACCACCGGGACUAUUUGGGUUUCUACACCCUGGACAGCCACCUCCUCUCCCCUUCUGUUCAUGGCCUUCUAGGUCAGUUCUACCACGGGAUUGAAUAUGAGGUGUCAGACCUGCGUCCAGGAGAAGUCCCAGAGAAACCAGACGCCACCAUGUAUGUGAAAGGACAGGAGCUCAAUGUGACCAGAGGCUGGCAGAGAGACUUCAGGAGGGAUGAGAAGAACGGAGAAAACGUUCCCUGCUGGUUCAUUCACAGUAAUGGAACAGGCCUCAUCGAUGGAGAUGCCACAGACUACGUUGUGUCAGGACUUUUUAAAACCAUUUAAUAGCAAGUUACACAUCAAUGUCUCGCACAGAAAUCAUCAAAAUCAUUAAAUAAAUAUUGAAAUCUUACUUUACUUACACCAUGAAUAAUCCAUCAUCAUAUAACCAAAGGCAAACAGGCUUCAUUGUGAGUGUAUUUGUUGGAAAUAUAAGAAUGGGAAGUAACUCUAUCCCAGAACUCAGUAAUACGUUUUUUUGGGAAUAAAUGGGACACGGUUCUCAAAGAUGGACCCAAGCUAGAUUUACUCAUUUUAUUUUAGUUUUUCAUUGUUGCCAGCAUUGUGUGAGUGAUUAUCAUGUCUUUACUUUGGUUAUUCCUUUUUUCCCCCAAAGACAUUUUUGAAUGUAUAAUAACUUGCUAAUUUCAAACCCUUGUGUGAUGACACCUAACACACCCUGCUUUUUAAAUCCUAGUUUAUGUGUUUGCUAAAGUAAACUGGGAUACAAAGUGUUUCAAAGCAGUGUGACUCUGAUGAAAAGGUCCGUUACAGUUCAUGUGAAGUCUGCUGUAGGAUAUACCCAAUAAAUUUUACAUUGGUGGUGA